AUGCCGCCAGAACAGACACUCCGACAGAUUCUCAUUGGAUUCAGUUUGACCAUGUGCAGUGUCUCAGACGGGUUGAUAUUUGGUCAGAUGUCUGGUAUGAUAGAUGCUCUGAGUAAAGAAGACAACGAUGUACCACUCACACAAGAUGAUAUUUCAUGGAUAGCUUCUAUAAUAAACAUCGUGUGUAUAUGUGGCUAUGCAGUUGUUGGAGUACUAAGUCAAUGUUUGGGUCGUCGGAAAGCAAUAACAGUUAUUACUAUACCAGUCUGCCUGGCGUGGAUUCUAGUAUAUUUAGCUCACGAUAAAGUCACUUUAAUCAUCACCAGAAUAAUUCUUGGAAUUAGCUUCGGUGGUAUCCUAUUUUUAAUCUACGUUAAUGUUGCAGAAUAUAAGUCUCCGGGCGUCAGAGUUCUUUGUCUUAACUUGAUAUCUGGCGUUGGUACUCUUAUUGGAAUAACAGCUGGUCAUUUGUUAUGUAUAAUUCUUCAUUGGAGGCAAGUAGCAUUGAUUGCCAUCAUACCGACGGCUUUAUCUGCUUUCUUACCUCUAUUUUGGGUUGAAAGCCCCGUGUGGUUGGCUACUAAGGGACGUUUUGUAGAAUGUGAAGAGGCAUUUUGGAAAUUACACGUUUUCUCGGAUUCAUCUGAAAAUGAGCUGAAACUUCUUAUAGCCUAUGAAAGAAAAAAACAGAGCGAACAGUUGCAAGUGGCCGUAUUCUGUUCAGUACCUUAUUAA